UUCCUUCUCCCCUUCCUUUCCGCAGGAGGCUCACUUGUGACGGAGACGAGAAAGAGCGACCAAGGGAAGCAGAAAGAGAGGCGAAAGAGCGAAGGAGAGAAACACAAGGAAAGGGAAAAGAGGAGAGACGGAGAGAGAGCGAAAGGGACGAGCCACGGCAGCGAUAAACUGAAGGAGAGGGAGAAGAAGGACAAGAAACUCGAGUAUGAAAGGCUGAGGAUCGGAGAGAGAGAGAAGAGAAGGAACGAGAGAGAGAAGGAGAAGAGGAAAUCGCUCGAGCGGGAGAGGAAAGCGCCGAAUGAGGAGGAGAAGAGGGAGAGGAAGAAGAGCGGCGAAGAGAGAGAGAGGAGGAAGAGCACAGACCGCGAGAAGCGAAGGAGCGAAGAAAAGGAGAGGAGAAGGAGCGAGGAGAGAGAGAGGAGGAGGAGUGAAGAACGGCUGAAAAGGAAGAGCCCGGAGAAAGCGAAGAGAGAAGGAGAGAGGAGGGAGAGGAGCCUCGAUAAAGAAUAUGCGAGGCUGUCGCUCUCCCCCGAAAAGAGAUUAAGCAGCAGCAGCGGAAGCGGCAGAAUGGUCCAGCAGAGCGGCACCAGCGGCGGCGGCGGCGGCGGCGCAGGAUCGCGCGGCGAGCAGGACGACCCCGAGCGCGCGGAGCUGGAGAGGAGGGAGAGGAUCCAGAGAUACAAGGAUGAAAGGAGGAAGCAGAUCGCGGCGAGGUAUGGCACGGCGGAGUGGUCGUCCUCGGAGGAGAGCGGCACAGGCGAGGAGUCGUCCUACCGCGCCUACAGGAGGAGACGGCGGGGGGGUCGUGACAACAACGACUCCUCCACCAACGACCUGUCUUCUCAGGACGCCAAGAGGCCGCACGAGAACGGGUCUUCCCUGGAGGGUCGUGGCAGCGGAGGUCGUCGCGGCGUGCUGGGCUCCUCGUCGGAGGACGUCGUCGCCGCCGGCGCCUCCGUCAGGACGACGCGGGCCUCGCGCCUCCGCCAGGCCGCGCUCACGUCGCCCAACGCCAACAACAACAACACAAACAGCAAUAAUAACAACAACAGCAGCGGCAACAACAACAACAACAACAGCUUUAACAGCAACAACAACAACAAUGCCAAUCCCGUGCAAGAAAUGAAAGACACAGAGGGCGUGGGAGAACGCGGGCGUGGAGAGGCGCCCCCGGACUUGCCGCCCCCGAAGCGUCCACCAGAUCAGGGCGAUGCGCGCGCGGGCGUGGGCGUGGGCGGCGACUCCGCGGACUCGACCCUGAGCGGGAGCGACGGGCGGAGUGGGCGGGCGAGGCGUGCGGGCGGCGAGGAGAGAGACAAAUCGCACAAACGCAAGUCCAAUCUCAACCGCUCGACCACCGAGGAAGCGACGGCGGACCCCUUCCCGCUCACGCACCCCAGCGACUCCAAUGGUGAGUACGCGAGCGGUCUGGUCCGAGGGCGUGGCUAG